AUGUCGGAAGAGUCGCUGCCGGUGCUGCUCAAUACAGUACAGACGCGCCUGGUGCAGUCGCAGCGCCAGCUGAGCAUUGUGCGCGCACAGGUGAAUGCGCGACAGCGCGAGAUCAAGCUCCAGGAGCUGACGCUCGAGCAGCUCAAGGGACUGGGGCCCGAAACGCGCAUGUACGAGGCCGUGGGCAAGAUGUUCAUGCAAGAAAGCUACGAUGACCUCACGUCGGAUAUCCAGCGGAAACAGGGCUCGGCCUCGGAAGAGACCGACAUGCUGCUGAAAAAGCAAAAGUUCCUUGAAAAGCAGGUGGCCGAGGCACAGUCGCACCUGAACGACCUCGUGCGCUCGAUCGAACGCGCGAAUGUGCCCGCGUAA